UCCUGAAGCUGAUCGGCAGAGGCAAGCAGACGUUCUACUUCGUGCAUAUUCUUGACAGCUAGAUGACCUCCUCUUCCAAAAAGGAAAAAGGUGGUUAAAAAAAAAGUUUCUUGUAAAUUUGUUCAAUUGGCAACAGCUGAAAUUUUAUCAUCGUUUGGACACAAAGAGUUAACGCAAACAUGGAACAAUCUUCUGUUACCGUUUUCGUUGUUGAUGCGUUCACGAACGAGCUUUUCUCUGGUAAUCCAGCAGCUGUUUGUUGUUUGGAAAAUGAUAUUCCAGAUACCUUGAAAAGUAAAAUUGCUGCUGAGAUGAAUUUGUCUGAAACUGCUUUUGCUACUAUAGAUACUGAUGGUAGUGAGACAUUUGAAAAAAGCACAAAAUUUGGGCUACGGUGGUUCACACCAUCACAUGAAGUUGAUUUGUGUGGUCAUGCUACACUUGCAACUGCUGCUGUUAUUUUUCACAAACUAGGAAACAAAGAGAAAACUAUAGAAUUUAAAACACGCAGUGGAAUCCUAAAAGCCAUUCAGGAAGGUGAAUCAUCUAUUACUCUGGAUUUCCCUAUAAAUCCUCCUGCUCCGUAUGAAGCAGAAAAUCUUCCAGAUAUUGUACGCAUCGUCGUUGGCAAUCUUGAAAUCCAAGAAGUUCAACAUUCUGCCACAACCAAGAAAUUACUCUUGCGCCUAGCCGAUAAAUAUAAUAGGUUUGUUAACAGUCGCAGGUUUGCGUCAGCGUCGGGUGCGGUGCAAGAGCAUGCUGGCAUGCAUCGACAAGACUUGGAAAGUUUAAGCCCAUCUCUGCAAGAUCUGCUAGCCGUCGAGAAGAGUGGUGUGGUCAAAGGGGUGAUAGUUACCCUGCAAGCUAACGACAAAGAGAACUUCGACUUUUAUAGCCGCUAUUUUGCCCCUUGGGUUGGUAUUCCCGAAGACCCAGUUACCGGAUCUGCUCAUACAGUACUCGCUCCGUAUUGGCAAACAGUUUAUAAUAAGCAUCACUUUCGAGCUAGACAGUGCUCAAAACGAGGAGGUGAUUUAAACAUUGAAAUUGUGGAACAGCGGGUCAAGUUAACAGGCCAAGUGGCCCACGUCCUCGAAGGGACAAUCCGCAUCAAAUAAAGGAAGAUAACAACAGGAUUAUCUAAAACGCCGGGACCUUCAUCCAAUAUCCGUCUAAGUUUGAUGGCGUUUUUUGAUUUUGGUCGCAAUUCAUCUUGAAUAACCAUUCCGACAUCUGCUACCGAAACCGAUGGGGGGACGGCUGGACCGGCCGUAGCUCCAUCCCCGGAACCAAAAUUAAUUCCCAUUUGUUGCAUAACAUUCAUGAAAGCAUUAACUGGCUGAGCUUCUUUGAGAGUCCUAAUGUUCUCACUACGGGAACAAAUAAAAACAAUUACAUCAAA